AACCUGUUGAUGUGUGUAUAGUUACAACAAUGCAAACAGAUAACUACUGUGUGAAGAAACCUCGAUUAAAGAGGGAAGCGUGGAGGGUGCCACUGAAAGACUAAAUUGUACCAAAUCCUUUUCAAAUUAUUUAGACCAAAACACGUAUACAAUCCUCAUUCAUACUUAAAACUUGGAAAUCCCGCCCUUUUGUUUGUGAAGGCUGUAAUGGCAGAAGUGCAGAAGCGAUGGAUGAAGUGCCUGGUAUGGCAGCAGGUUCUCACCACGGUCAUAUGGACGGCAUGGAACGCGGUGCUUGGCUUCACACUCUCUUCGGAGGGACUAACCCUCUCGUCGUUUGGCAUAGGGCUUCUCCGAUUCUGUGUAUUCCAGAUGAGUAUGGCACUUCUUUUGCUUGGCCAUUAUAUCGUUAUGUCCCCUGAAGAGAAGGCCGCGGCAGGGGUGUUAGAGUUAGCGAUGGGUUUUAUGGGGGCGGUUAUCGGAGCGGGCUGGGGAAGGAGGGAGGGGGCUCUACGUCUGCGGCAGAGGGCUCAGACAACGGCGGACUGGGUGCUCUUUGUGUUUAUAACGGCGUUCGUGGGGUUGCUGGCGCUCUUGACUGUAGCAGCAGGUCUUAUGAGCCCUUUUGAUGCUGCUUUCCGCGGAGCCGCCCUGGGCUUCGUCUAUGGCCUUCAUUACAUUUAUAAACGCCUUUGGGUUCUCUCUUUUCCAAUCAUUCAGCGCCCUCUGUUCUUCAGUUUGAAGAUGGGAAUCCCCUCAGCAGCGAAAAGGGCACUAAAGCUAUCACUUGCUGCACUUCCUUGUGCUACAAUCUUAAUAUUUUUAAUGCACAGCAGGUUCCAUUUUAAAGAGAGUGGAAAUGGUUUUUUGUAUUUGCAGUUUGUAUUUUUUCUGGGGGCAUAUCCCGUUGUCUUUUGCUGGGAGUUGAUUCAUCAUCUAAUUCAGGUGGUGCAUACCAGAAGGCAUGUAUUUGCCCCACCCCAUGGUUCAGCUGCUGCAGAAACAAAUCCAACUGAGCAAUUGCUUGUGGCAUUGGAAGAGAAUAGUGAAAGAUCAUUGCCUCAAUAUCUUGCUUAUCUUGAUCUCUGUAUGGUAUGUGAAAAUAAUGUGGAUAGUUGGCGUCGAACUGCCUUCUUUGAAGAGACUGGGGAGACAUAUAAGAGAAUCAUAUCAGCAUGUUUAAGACCUUUGGAACAAAUGGUAACAAGGCUGAGUGAAGGUUUGGAUGGCACUUCUGUGAAUAAGACAGCAGAUUUACUAUCUCAUCAGAUGCGUUCACCAACAGAUUACCCGGUACAUGAGAAUGUCAAAGAAGCCUUUAAUGAUUUGCAGCUUUGUUCAUGGUGUGCAAGAACUGUAGCUUCUUUGACGUCCUGCUCGCGUGAAGAAGACAGAUUUGGAGUUGCUCAACUGAGUGGCUAUAAUGGUAUAGUUGUUUCUACAUUAUUAUCAUGCUUGCUUAUUGUUGAGGUGUACCUAGGCAAACGGAGCAACAUCCAGUCUAUGCGUUUAGUGGGGCCUGCAAGCAUCAGGUGGAAUUUACCAUCAAGAGGUGGAAUUAUUGAGACGGGGAAAAAACAGGGGCUUGCAUUAAAAAAGAAGUCUACUUUACAUAAAAAAGCUUAUGCAAUGGCUGAUGUGCUUCGCACAGGCAUCUAUCAAAUUGUAAGUGUAUUUAAAGAUGAGAUGCUUCUAGGUGGGACUCGCAAUGCUGGACUUUCAGUUGCAGAAAGGGAUUGGCUAAGCAAAAAUAAACCAUUGUAUGGAACUCAUGACAUGUUGCUUCAAGAAUUGAGUCUAUUCUUGGAGUUCCGAGCAAAUUAAUCCCCUUGUAGUUAGAUAUGGUAAGCAGAGGAUGAUAGUAAUAUUGUUAGAAUUUAGAAACCAUUAUUGUUUAAUACAGAGUGUACAGAUUAAUUGGAGGGUAUCUUCAGCUAAUUGAAUAGUAACAGGUUGAUUGUUAUUCUGGCAAAACUUUAAAGAGAUUCAAAUUUGACCUGGCAAUGGAGUUUUAACUUUCAUAUCAAUUGGUGAUUUCCAAGUGUAAGUAUUAUGUUUUUCUAGUGCACUUGAAAGUGUAGAAUCUGGGACUGUACAUUCCAAUUAUGUUCCAGUUUCUAAACUGUAAGUUCUGGAUAUUCUGCAGAUAAAAAUCUGGUAGCUUUUUGUGCACUCAUAGCCGACUGGAUUCUUCGUUGGUACCUAUAUCUUAAAUGGAAGCUUAUUCCAGUGUUUAUAAAGUUUUUCUUUGCCUUUUCACAUCC